GUCAAAUGUCAUUUGCUAUUUUCAAUUUUAUUUGUUUUUCUUUGUACCUACAAAUUGUACUUGUGAACUUACAUAAUUUUAUAGAAUGUAUCAAACAGUAUCACAGAGUACAUUAUAAUUCAAACUUUACAUGUAUGAUAAUAAUAAGUGUAAUAUGUUUCUCAGUGGACGUAUAUAAAAGAUUAUUGUUGUAUCAUAUUAGUAAAUUAUUAUAGAAAGUAGUUACCUCCAAAGGAUUUAUCAAAUUUAAAUGAAUUCUGAAUUAUUUUAAAUGUAGAAACCUAAAGUAAUAUUAACUUAUCACUAAUCAAGUUUAUGAUGAAAUUAUUAAAAUGCAGAUGGCUAUAAACUGUGUUCUGAGAAAAAGGUUACUGAUAUAAAUUCUAAAAAAUACAGGGAAAUAUAAUGUCAGAAAAUAUAAAUUUUGAAAUACAAUGCCCAUUGAAUGCAGAAAUUCCUGAGUAUGAUUACCGUGACUGGAGUGUUGAGAAAGCUACUUUUCAAGAGGCAAAUUUUGAAUUCAUUGACUUUUUCAACAACUUCAUGUUAAAAAAUUUACCUUGUGUAAUUAAAAAUGUGACAGACAACUGGAAAUGUUCGCAAGAAUGGGUACAAGGAGAUCAAAUAAACUAUGAAGGACUGACUGAAUUAUAUGCUGAUUUUGUAGCUCCUGUGGCUGAUUGUAAAAAUAUUCAGUUUAACUCUCAAUGUAAAUCAGAUAUGAAAAUGUAUGAAUAUAUUAAUUAUUUAAAGAACUUGUCUGAUGAUAGAAUAUUAUAUUUAAAAGACUGGCACUUAAGAAGAUGUGCCCCAAAUGACUAUUUUUAUGAAGUGCCAAAGUAUUUUGCAUCAGAUUGGUUAAAUGAAUUUGCUAUAGACAAUAAUGAGGAUGAUUUUAUGUUUGUAUACAUUGGCCCUAAAGGAUCUUGGACCCCAUUACAUGAAGAUGUGUAUUGUUCAUACAGUUGGUCAGUGAAUGUUGUUGGAAGAAAAAAGUGGAUUUUAUUUCCUCCAGGCGAAGAAGAAAAAUUGAAGGAUUCAUUGGGUAAUCUGCCGCUGCUAUUUGAACCAGAAAAGCUUCAGAAUAUAACAUAUUUUGAAAUCAUACAAGAAAAGGGAGAUGCUUUAUUUGUUCCUUCUGGUUGGCAUCAUCAAGUAUUCAAUGAAUCACAUACAAUUUCAGUCAACCACAAUUGGAUAAAUGCAUGUAAUAUAGAAAUUGUAUGGAGAGCUUUAGCACAUUCAUUGUUGGUAGUAGAAAAUCAAAUAGAAGAAUGCAAAGGCACACCAGAAUUUCCUGCAGAUUGUCAAUUAAUUCUUAAAUCCCAUUUUGGCAUGGACUUCAUGGCUUUUGCAACAUUUUUGCUAUAUAUAGCUAAAAAAAGGCUAGCUCAAUUACAAGGGAAUUCAUGUGAAGUUUUUAAAAAAUACUCUCUAGAUACAAGCAUAAUCAAAUUUGAUUUAAAAAAUUUACUUAAAGUAAUGAACUUAAUUGUUGAACAUCCAAUAUUUUUAGAGAGUAAUAUAUUAUCAUCAAAGGAAGAAGAAUUUAAACAAGUCAGAGAGGAGUUGAAAUCCAUUUUGUUAUAAUAAUAGUGCUGAUAAUAGAAAGUAAUAGCAUCAUGUGUAAGUAUUAUAAAUUCGAUUUUCUAAUUGCAUAAACAUGUUCACUUUCAAUUAGUUUAUCGAUUUGGGCUUUAGUGUAUCCUAAUUCAUGUAAAAUAUCAAUAGUAUGUUGUCCGGGCACCGGCAAAGGUUUACGACCACUAGAUAUCCCUGGAGUACGAGAUAAUUUGGGAACUGGUUCUGGUACAAUCCUUUCAUUUUCAUCUCGAUGAAAAGAUGUAUCGGAUGCCCGAAAUUUAUGUUUAUCUACUUCUUCUACAUUUAAUACUGGAGUGACACAUGCAUCCAACUGUUCAAAUAUCUUACACCAUUCUUCUUGGGUCUUCUUCAGAAAUAUUUCUUGGAAUUUUUCCUUACAGUAUUCAUUAUUGUCACCUUGAAUAUAUUCUUCUUCAGAUAAUUGUAACCCUUUCAGUAAUUCUGAAUAAAAUUGUGGUUCAAGGGCUCCAACAGCCAUAAACUUUCCAUCUUUCGUUUUGUAUGUCUGGUAACAUGCAAAUCCCCCAUCCAAAACAUUUGUACCUGGUUCUCCUGACCAAAUUGGCAAUUCCCUUGAUUUAAAUAACCACUUGCCUACAUAUGCUGCUCCUUCUGUCAUACUAGUGUCUAUUACCUGCCCCUUGUUCGAUUUUGUUCUUUCAAACAAGGCUAAUACUAUACCUAGAGCACAAAGGACCCCACCUCCGGCAAAAUCACUCAGAAGAUUGAGAGGUGGUGUUGGGGGUUGUUUAUUUUUACUAAGUAAUGAGAGUAUACCAGACAUGGCAACAUAAUUUAUAUCAUGACCUGCUUUAUUUUUGUAGAAUCCGUUUUGACCAUAUCCUGUUAAUCGUGCAUAGACAAGUCGAGGAUUUUCUUUCAUAAGGGCUUCAGGACCCAAUCCCAACUUUUCCAUAACACCUGGUCGGAAUGUGUCCAAAAGAACGUCUGAAGUCGAGCACAGCUUUUUUACCACAUUGACACCUUCUUUGGUUUUUAGAUUUACAGAUAACAUUCUCUUUCCGUUAGACAUUACAUCAAAUGGAGUUGGAUUAAUCUA